UUUUUUUUUUUUUUUUUUUUUUUUUUUUUUGUAUAUUUCUUUUCUUUUUAUUACAAUUGAUAUUAUUAUGGACGGACUCUAUCAAAGCCCACCUUAUGCCUAUUUGCCUCAACAAAACUCUAGUGCAGAUAAUAAUUAUCAUAGCCAAACUAAUACCUUGCAACAUCAUACUACCUUUGAUAGACCCUUCCAUCAUUUGCCUCAAAUGAAUACUAAUAAUAAUGAUACAAUAGAUUCUUACAAUAAUAAUUGGUCAAAUCAACAUCAUCAUUAUCAUCAUCACCAUCAUCCAAUUCAAAUACCAUCUUCUGCAUCCUUUAGUACUUAUGGCUUAUAUCCUUCAACUCAUAAUAAUAACAAUAAUAGCUUGAUUAUCCCCACUACAGUGCCUCCUCGACCAAAAAUGAUAGCUAAUCUUUGGGAAGAUGAAGGUACCCUUUGCUAUCAAGUAGAUGCAAAGGGCAUUUGUGUUGCUCGCAGACAAGAUAAUGAUAUGAUCAAUGGUACAAAGCUCUUAAAUGUUGUUGGUAUGUCAAGAGGUAAACGUGAUGGAAUCCUCAAGAAUGAAAAGGGCCGUGUUGUUGUUAAGGUUGGAGCAAUGCAUCUCAAGGGUGUAUGGAUUCCUUUUACUAGAGCUAAAGAAUUGGCUACUAAAUUCAAAAUUUUGGAUUAUCUCUUUCCCCUAUUUGUAGAAGAACCAUCUUAUUAUUUAUGUAAUAAUGCAGCACAAGCUAAUAACGCGUCUGUCAGCAAUAAAUGUAACAUGGUAUCAUCUACUCUUAACUAUCGACCUUCUUCUGGUGAAUAUGGUUCUCCUUCAUCUAAUAGCCUCUCUACUAGUACUUGGGAUAGAUCCUCUUAUUCGACAUCGUCCUUUAUGAGUCAUCACUAUGAUCAGCACAGUCAGCAAGUUCUACAUAGAGCAAGCCUUCCUGACUUAUCUCUAACUCCCAGCUCACGAACAAACCCAUCUAUUCAUAAUGCUUCUGAUGACCUUUAUCUUUUGAAUAACAAUAAUAAUCCUUAUGAUUUUUAUUCUCGUCAAUUAAACAAUAAUCGUAGUAAUGUUACUAAUUACCUUUAUUCUUCUUCUUUGCAACAUGAAAAUGACAUAAAGCCUUCUUCUGGUACAACGCGCUGCCAAGAUAAUAGCAAGGCAGAUUCCAAAUUAUCACCUGUUAAUAUCAAAGGUGAACAGCUUGAUGAUGAAAAGCAGCCAGAAGAAAGUGUGGGGUCCACAACUCCCAAGUCAUGGUUCUCACCUGAAACUCCUACUGCAGUCCUAUUCCAAAAUAAUAGAAAACGAAAGACAAUUUCAUCUAUGGAAACAACGACAACUAUAAAGAAAGUUAAGAGACCAUCGAUUAUCUCACCUACUUGUUCACCAAGAAGAAUCAAGAUCGAAACCGAGGAUUCAUCAUAGUUUUAUUUAUUUUAUCACCAUCACCACCACCACCAUUACUCUUCCUCCUCUUCUCACUUCCUUUAUCCCCCUUUUUUUGAUUUGUGGCAAACUACAUAUAAAUACACAUACUAUGCAUAUACUAGAUAUACAUUAUACAAAAAAUAUAUUAUUAUUAAUACUACUUUACAACAUUUAUAUACAAGUUGACAAAUAAUAAUAAUAAUAAAAAGGUAUUUUUCAUUAUUAUACUUUUGUUUUUUUUUUCUCUUUUUUAAAAGAU